AAAUAUGAAGCGAAUUUGAGUGGUCUAAAUAUAGGGGACAAUUUAUACUCGUAGACAUGUUGAUAUCAUGCACUGUUAUGUUUAUUUACGCCAUGCUGCCCUCAUCGUGGAAAGCCCGCAUCAUCGGCUGGCUAGAAGAGCACCGAGAACUGGUUGUCCUUGUCUUCUGCCUGCCAGCCAGCUUCCUGUUCAGUCUGUUCUUGAAACUGCAAGCGGCUGCACGUCGCUUCACCACCACCAACCAUGAUGAAAGGGUCCGCGAGAUACAGCGACAGGUGCAGGCAUGGAAUAUGCUGGAGCAAGACAACCGCCGCCUGCUGUGCACCGCGCGGCCUAACUGGCAGUCGCUCUCCACCACAUUCUUCCAAAAACAUCUGCACCAUCGGGUCCCUAUCCCCCUGUAUGACAUCUUGGAGCUGGAUGAAGCCAACAUGACGGUCCGCGUGGAGCCGAUGGUCACCAUCGGAGACAUCACCAAGUUCCUCAUCCCCAGAGGGUACUCGUUGGCGGUCACCAUCGAACUAGAUGAUGCCACGCUUGGAGGUCUGGCGUUCGGUACCGGCAUGUCAACGCACUCGCACAAAGCGGGCCUGUACCACGAGACCAUCACCAGCUACGAAGUUGUGGUCGCCGACGGCUCCGUGGUAACGGCCACGCCACACGAACACAAAGAACUCUAUCAAACCCUACCGUGGUCGCAUGGAAGUCUUGGCUUUCUAGUCGCUUUGACGCUGAGAAUCGUCAAAAUCAAACCGUAUAUAAAGAUUAAGUACAUCCCAGUUAAAGGACAAGAAAACUACUGUAAUAUGAUGAGGGAAUUAUCAGGAGCAUAUGAAGAAAAACCAAAGGAAUUCCCAGACUAUAUCGAAGGCACGAUCUUUAGCGAAAACGAGGCUGUAAUCAUGACGGGAGACUACGCGGACUACGACCCCAAGAUACCUGUCAAUGAGUGCUCGAAAUGGUAUAAACCCUGGUUUUACAAGCACGUUGAAAGCUUUUUGAAGAAAGGUGAAUCGGAAGAACUGAUUCCGUUGAGAGAUUACUUGCUAAGGCAUAAUAGAGCGAUAUUCUGGGUGGUGGAAGACAUGCUUUCAUUCGGUAAUAAUUUUCUGUUCAGAACACUAUUCGGUUGGCUAUUACCGCCUAAACCAGCGUUUUUGAAAUUUACCACGACCCCCGGAGUACGUGAAUAUACUUUUACUAAGCAAGUGUUCCAAGAUAUUGUACUCCCUAUUAAAGAAUUGGAAAAACAAGUAGAAAUAGCGACUGAGCUUUUCGACAAGUAUCCAUUACUAGUGUAUCCAUGUAAAGUUAUAGAUCACGGGCCGUCUUCUGGACAAUUAAAGAGACCUAACCCUAAAUAUAUGGUACCUGGUACCAACUACGCGAUGUAUAAUGAUUUGGGAGUAUACGGGGUGCCCGGGAAGGUGAAAGACAAGAAGAAAUACAACCCUGUACAUGCGAUGAGGAAAAUGGAGAAGUUUACUAGAGAAGUUGGGGGUUUUUCGUUCUUGUAUGCGGAUAUAUUUAUGAGGCGGGAGGAGUUUGAGGAGAUGUUCGAUUUGACGCUGUAUGAGAGAGUGAGGAAACAGUACGGGGCAGAAGGUGCCUUUCCGCAUUUGUACGAUAAGGUGAAGCCGGAGUUGGAUGUGUUUGCUAUUGGAGAGGAGAACGCCAUUGGCGAAGAUAAAUUUUAG